GAAACCGAAAGAACCAAAUCCAACCAUGGCAUUCACCAUCCUCCCCGCCACCGACGCCGACAUCCCCCUCUCCAACGCCAUCGAAAACAAAGCCUACGCCAACCCCAUCUCCCCCAACCCCCUCAGCACUAUCCUCUUCCCAGGUCCCUUCCCCGCCGACUCCACCGCCCGCCGCAUCGCCUCCACCAUCGCAGCGCGGGAAAACAACCCCGCGAUCAGGUACGUCAAGGCGGUCGACGAAUCGACGGGCGAGAUGGUCGCGUUCGCGUCAUGGCACGUGUACGACACUCCGGAGCUGGCGAGGGGCGCGAAGAGGAGUGUGCCCGAGGACGCGGAGGGGGUGAAUGGGGAGGCGUGUAGGGCGUUCUUUGGCGGGUUGGGGGAGUGUAAGGAGGAGGUUUUGAGGGGGAAGGAGCAUUUGUACCUGCACCUCCUGCACACCGACCCCGCUCACCAAGGCCGCGGUGCGGGCCGCCAGCUCGUGCAGUGGGGGCUCGUGAAGGCGGAUGAGCUGGGUCUGCCGUGUUAUCUUGAGUCGAGCCCUGCGGCGCAUGGGUUCUACGAGAAGCUCGGGUUCCGGGACGUGCGGUUGUUUAAGCUGGAUCUGACGCCCUGGGGUGGGCCUGAGGAGUUGUAUGUUACGCCGCUUAUGAUUAGGGAGCCUGUGGGUAAGUAGAGCUGAUCGUAAGGUGGAUUGGGCGGGGAAGGGGGAAAGGGGGG